UUCCUAUUUAAAGCUGCAACACUUCAAAAAAGGGCUUGUUUGCAGACUUUGUCUUGGAACUGAGAGGGGAGAAACACACUGGUGGCUUAAUGGUGCUAAAAAGAUCCUAACUUUUUUUUACUCAAGAAAAAGGACAGCCACAUGUCUAACUAGACAUGAUGGUAUUAAUACAGAAAAGGAACUUGGAAGUUUUUACACUUUUAAUUGGGCUGAUUAUAGCAGUAAAAGCUCAAUAUGAAGAAAGUGGAGAAGUGGAAGAUGUUGCAUGCAAACAAGACAAUAAGAUGUAUAUGAACAGAGAUGUCUGGAAGCCAUCGCCAUGCCAGAUCUGCGUUUGUGACAAUGGAGCCAUUCUCUGUGAUGAGAUCCAAUGCCAUGAUGUUUUAGACUGUGAAAAUCCUGUGGUCCCUGAAGGAGAAUGUUGUCCUGUCUGCAGUGGCACAAGUGGUGGCCGACCAACUAACCAAUACAGAGGACAGAAGGGUCAAAAAGGAGAACCUGGAGAUGUCCCUUUUGUGACUGGUAUCCGUGGUCGUCCAGGCCCUGCUGGACCUCCAGGCUCACAAGGACCAAGAGGAGAUAGAGGCCCAAAAGGAAAACCAGGUGUUCGUGGUCCUGCUGGAUUGGAUGGAGAACCUGGAAUCCCUGGACAGCCUGGUGAACCUGGCCCUCCUGGACAUCCAUCUGUCCCAGGCCAACCACUUUCAGCUCAUAUGCAAGGAGGAUUUGAUGAGAAAUCCAGAUCACAAAUGGGAUUUAUGCCUGGUUCAGUGGGUCAAGUGGGUCCAAGAGGUCCCCAAGGUCUUCCUGGCAACCCAGGUGGCAUGGGACCUCCUGGUCCGCCUGGCGAGGCAGGUGAACCAGGUGCAAUGGGUUCACCUGGUCCACGAGGUCCUGAAGGGCCAGCAGGAAAACCCGGCGAAGAUGGUGAAUCAGGAAGAGCAGGACAAACAGGUGAAACCGGAUUCCCAGGGUCUGCAGGAGCUAGAGGUUUCCCUGGAGCUCCAGGACUCCCAGGUCUUAAAGGACACAGAGGUCACAAAGGCUUGCUAGGCCCAAAAGGAGAAAUUGGAGCAGCUGGCUCAAAGGGUGAAAAUGGUCCUCCAGGUCCCAUGGGUUUAAACGGACCAGCGGGGCCUAGAGGUAUGCCUGGAGAAAGAGGAAGAAUUGGACCACAAGGAACACCUGGUGCACGAGGUGCUAAUGGACUUGUUGGACCAGCUGGAUCAAUGGGCCCAAUGGGAUUAAGUGGUGCCCCUGGAUUUCCCGGUUCGCCUGGUAUGAAGGGUGAAGCUGGACCUACAGGUGCACGUGGACCAGAAGGUCCACAAGGACCUAGAGGUGACACUGGAUCACAAGGACCUUCUGGGUCACAGGGGCUCCCAGGUGCCGUAGGAACCGAUGGUGCUGGUGGUGCUAAAGGACCUAGUGGUGCCCCAGGUGUUGCAGGGGCACCGGGCCUCUCAGGACCACCCGGAUCUCCUGGACCUCAAGGAAGUACUGGACCACCGGGUAUCAGAGGAUCAGCGGGUGAUCCUGGAGUUCCCGGAUUUAAAGGAGAGGCUGGCCCUAAAGGAGAACCUGGCCCACAUGGACCUCAAGGUGCUAUAGGCCCACAAGGAGAAGAAGGAAAGCGAGGACCUAGAGGAGAUCCUGGAUCAAUAGGGCCACCCGGACCACUUGGAGAAAGGGGUUCUCCUGGUAAUCGUGGUUUCCCUGGAUCUGAUGGAUUGCCUGGACCAAAGGGAGCUCAAGGAGAACGGGGAGUUGCUGGAGUUUCAGGCCCUAAAGGAGCAAAUGGGGAUCCAGGCCGUCUUGGUGAACCCGGUCUUCCUGGUGCCAGAGGUCUAACUGGAAAUCCUGGAGUUCAGGGUCCUGAAGGCAAACUAGGUCCAGUGGGUGCUUCUGGAGAAGAUGGUCGUCCUGGACCUCCUGGUUCAAUUGGGAUACGUGGUGAACCUGGUACCUUGGGGCCUGCAGGUCCUAAAGGAAACAGUGGUGAUCCUGGUAAGCCAGGUGAACAAGGCAAUGCUGGCGUACCUGGGCAAAGGGGAACUCCAGGAAAAGAUGGUGAAGUUGGGCCUUCAGGUCCUGCCGGUCCCCUAGGUCCAGCUGGAGAGAGAGGUGAACAAGGCCCACCAGGUCCAACAGGAUUUCAGGGCCUGCCAGGUCCUCCUGGACCUCCCGGAGAGACUGGAAAGCCUGGUGAUGAGGGUGUUCCUGGAGAUUCAGGAGCUGCAGGUCCACUUGGCCCUAGAGGAGAACGUGGUAAUCCCGGUGAAAGAGGAGAACCUGGAGCUUCAGGUCUAUCAGGAGAAAAGGGUAUGGCCGGAGGUCAUGGACCUGAUGGUCCAAAGGGAAGUCCAGGUCCGACUGGUACUCCUGGUGAUGCUGGCCCUCCUGGUUUACAAGGUAUGCCUGGAGAAAGAGGUAUCGCUGGAACACCUGGUCCAAAAGGUGAUAGGGGAGGUCUUGGAGAAAAAGGUGCUGAAGGUACCCCCGGCAAUGAUGGUGCAAGAGGUCUUCCUGGUCCCCUCGGUCCUCCUGGUUCUGCUGGUCCAGCUGGUGAAAAGGGUGAGCCUGGUCCACGUGGUGUAAUGGGUCCAUUUGGUUCCCGGGGAACUCCUGGCUCCCGUGGUGAAAUUGGUCCAACUGGCCCUGUUGGAUUUGCUGGUCCACCGGGACCUGAUGGACAACCAGGUGUCAAAGGAGAACCAGGAGAACCCGGUCAAAAAGGUGAUGCUGGAUCUCCAGGACCACAAGGGCUUUCUGGAUCCCCAGGCUCACCUGGGCCAUCUGGAGUUCCUGGUCUGAAAGGUGGCAGAGGAACUCAAGGACCACCUGGUGCUACAGGAUUCCCUGGGUCUGCGGGUAGAGUUGGCCCUCCUGGAUCUGCUGGAGCUGUUGGCCCAGCUGGUCCUAUUGGUGAUCCUGGCAAGGAAGGUCCACCUGGAAUUCGUGGUGACCCUGGAACACAUGGUCGUAUUGGAGACAGAGGCGCUGCUGGACCCUCUGGAAGUCCUGGUGACAAAGGAGAUUCUGGAGAUGACGGACAGCCGGGUCCUGAUGGUCCACCAGGUCCAGCUGGAACGACUGGCCAAAGAGGUAUUGUUGGUAUGCCUGGUCAAAGAGGAGAAAGAGGAAUGCCAGGACUUCCUGGGCCAGCGGGAUCUCCAGGAAAGCAGGGUCCUCCUGGUUCCUCUGGAGACAAAGGUCCAUCUGGUCCUAUUGGUCUUCCUGGUGCAAAUGGUCCUGUUGGGGAACCUGGAGCAGAGGGUCCUCAUGGUAAUGAUGGUCCUCCUGGACGAGAUGGAGCUACUGGAAAGCGUGGUGAUCGUGGUGAACCUGGUCCUGAGGGAAUGGCAGGGGCUCAAGGAGCUCCAGGAACACAAGGGCCAGUUGGUGCUCCUGGAGAAGCUGGACCAAGAGGUGAAACAGGUUCUAGAGGCCCCAUGGGUCCAUCUGGCAGAGCUGGGAAACGUGGCUUCCUAGGACCCCAAGGACCACAAGGGGACAAAGGAGACAACGGUGAACGUGGUGAAAGAGGACAGAAGGGUCACAGAGGAUUCACUGGUUUACAGGGACUUCCAGGUCCUCCAGGCCCUGCUGGCGAACAAGGCAGUACUGGACUUCCAGGACCUUUUGGACCCAGAGGCCCCCCUGGUCCAGUUGGACCUCCAGGCAAAGAAGGUAACCCAGGGCCUACAGGGCCAGUUGGACCUCCUGGUGUUCGAGGAACUGUUGGAGAAGCUGGACCAGAGGGACCCACUGGUGACCCUGGUCCUCCUGGCCCUCCUGGCCCACCUGGUCUCCUCACAGCUGCUAUUGAUGAUUUAUUGGGUGGUUAUGACACUAUCCCAGAACCGUUGCCUGAGUUUACUGAUGAUGAAGCAGCUAGUGAUGGAAAUAAGACUGACCCAGGUGUCCAGGCCACCUUGAAAUCUUUGAGUAGCCAGAUUGAAAACAUGAAGAGACCAGAUGGUUCCAAGAAGAACCCAGCACGUACUUGUGAUGAUUUGAAACAGUGCCACCCUUCCAAAAAGAGCGGAGAAUACUGGAUAGAUCCUAAUCAAGGCUGUGCAGAAGAUGCCAUUAAGGUUUAUUGUAAUAUGGGAACUGGAGAGACAUGCAUAUCUGCUAACCCUUCAAAGAUACCGCGCAAAACAUGGUGGACAGGCAAAGGAGUCGACAACUUCAAGCCCAUAUGGUACGGUGUCGAUAUGAACAAAGGAGCGCAAUUUGUCUAUGGAGAAACUGACUCACCAAAUACAGCUGUCACCCAAAUGACUUUCCUACGCCUUCUGUCCAAGGAAGCUUCCCAAAAUAUUACCUAUUACUGUAAAAAUGCAAUAGGCUACCUGGAUGAGAAAAAUCAAAACCUGAAAAAAGCUGUUAUACUUAAAGGUGCUAAUGAUCUAGAUAUCAGAGCAGAGGGGAAUAGCCGAUUCAGAUAUACAGUUCUGGAAGACACUUGUUCGAAACGUAAUGGAAACGUUGGGAAGACCGUCUUUGAAUACAGGACCCAGAAAGUGGCACGUCUACCCAUUAUCGAUAUUGCCCCUGUGGACGUUGGUGGUACAGACCAAGAGUUUGGAGUUGAGAUUGGGCCAGUUUGCUUUUUGUAAACCAUCAACAAGAUGACUUAAGAACUUAAACUGACUGAAGUUCAUCCUGAGACUCUUGAAAACGCAUAGCUGGCAAAGCACCAGCACUGUACAUACAGUGUUCAUUUAUUUUCCAUUUUUUUUUAUUUUUUUCAAUUGUCAGGCCUUCUUCCAAAGUAUUUAUUUUAAUUGUCUUUAAUCCAGUUUGACGGACCAACACUUUUUAUUCUUCACCUGUACUUGCUCUUGAUAUCAGAGUAGAUUAAUUUCAUGCCCAGAAUUGUAUAGUAAACCAACUAUACCCAACUAAUAUUUUUUUGAUGUUCAAGAGUAAAAGCCAAAACCAUUGGUGAAUAAAAUUUGUAUUUCAUAUGUAGCAUAGCAUGUCAUCUAGUGUCACUGGAUGAACCAAUGCUACAUAACUUGUUGGGGGCAGUUCAUAAAGCUUUGAAAUUAACUGAAAUUAUUAAUUGGAAAUAAUUUGAGAGAUGUUUGUGAAUUCACAUUUUUUAAAAAUGCAUUAUAUUAUUGACCCAUUUCAGGGACUUACCAAGCUGUCACAUUGCAUUGGUAUUAAAUGCCAAUAAUCCUAAUUAUAAAUGUAGACUACAAUACCAGCAACAUUGAAUCAUAAGUAUCUAAAAAGUCCCUAUUUAAAUCUUGUUUCAUUUCAAUCUGUAUUCAGUUUUUUUUUUAAAACGUGCUCAUCAUUUGUUCCCUCUAUUUACUUUGACGUUUAUCCAUCUUGAAAAUAACAUCGGGCUAAUUUCUUGAGAGUAAAACAGAAGAAAAUAUUUAUUUUCCUCAAUUUACAAUAUUUAAUUUUAAACCGUUUUACACAUGUAGUUUGUAUAUGUUAAAGGGAUUUGAUUUAGUUACAAACCAUUAUGUACAGUAUAAAAAAAAAAAACAAUAUUUACAAAGUUUAGUCAUCAGGUGCAAAAGGAUCCAACAUUUCUUAGCAUAAGCUACCUCAUCUCUUGAUGCUGGGAUGCAUACAAAUGUUUUAUUUCCUGUUAGAUUUUAAAAAGGUGCUACACUUUUGUUGUUAAUCAGAGAAUAAGGGUUGAGGCAGUGUGCAUGUUUAAUGGUGCUAAAAAUUCCUUUUGUGAUAUCCUGAAUAAAUAAAAAAUACAGCUGCCCCUAAAUGAAA